AUGGAGUAGAUUAAAUUCUUUGUAAGGAUAGUCAUGGAAGGAAGAAAAAUUCGACUGGUUAUGAAUAAGAACAGCACCAUUGAAGAAGUUCAAAAAAAAAUCUAUGAAAUGGAAGGCUUGAAUUUCAGAUUUUUUUAGUUAAUAUUUAACGGGAAACGCCUAACCUAAAAGUAAACUCUUAGCGAAUGUGAGGUAAAAACUGACUCAGAGUUGAAUAUUGUAUGGAGAGAGUAUAGUGGAUGA